GCGGAGCUGUGCGUGUCGAGCUCCUGUCCCCGCACGACCACCCCCCCACUCCAGCUGCUUCAGCUGAGCUCCACCAUGCGCUCCUGCCAUGUCAGCCCUCUGCUCGUCUCUCUGCUGUGCAUCGGACUCGCUGCCCAGUCGGAGGUGGAGAAGGAUGCGGUGGUUCCCCGGCUGCUGUCGGGCCAGGAGGGACACCUGUCCCAGCGGCGCAGGGGUCAGCGCUCCCUGGACGCCCCGGGGGGAGGACACCCUGACCCGGACUACAUCAUCGUGACACUGCCCGCCUUUGGCAGGGACCUGCUCUUGAAUCUGACGCGGGACAGUACGUUUCUCUCGGGGGACUUCGUGGUGGAGGAGCGGGGCAGGAACAUGAGCGCAGCGCUCAGAAGCUUGUCCAUGAACCAGCUCUGCUUUUACUCUGGCUCCAUCGUCAACCACACGGAUUCCCUGGCAUCUAUAAGCACCUGUGGCGGCCUGACUGGGCUUGUCCAGAUAGGGAAGGACCGGCUGUUCAUCCAGCCCGUUGGUAAAAACGACCCAUCACAGUCAUUCUCUGGCCUUAAACACCAACUGCUGCGAUACCGACGCUCUGCGAACACGGUCUCUGCUCCAGAUGCUGACCACGCCAAAUUCUGUGGGACGAAACAAGCAGUAAAGAAAAAGGAGAAGAGAUCAAAAGUAGAUGAGGAUGGUCGCGGGAAGAGAAACGCCAUUCGCCUGCAUGAAGCAUACACUGUGGAGACGGUAGUGGUGGCAGACUCGGACAUGGUGCAGUACCAUGGUGCUGAGGCAGCGCAGAGGUUCCUGCUGACUGUCAUGAACAUGGUCUACAACAUGUUCCACCACCAGAGUCUAGGAGUGAGGGUCAACAUUCGAGUCACCAAGUUGGUGUUGCUUCACAACCGCCCAGAAAAGCUACAUGUGGGCCAUCAUGGAGAAAGGUCUCUGCAGAGCUUCUGCCAUUGGCAGUAUCAAGAGUUCGGAGGGCCACGCUACCUGGGCACCAACCAUGUUCCUGGUGGAAGGGAUGAUAUCCCACCAGUGGAUACAGCUGUGCUGGUCACCAGGACAGAUUUCUGUGUCCAUAAGGAUGAACCCUGUGAUACAGUGGGUAUCGCUUAUCUGGGUGGUGUCUGCACUGCCAAGAGGAAGUGCGUGUUAGCAGAGGACAAUGGACUCAAUUUGGCCUUCACCAUUGCUCACGAGCUUGGACACAACAUGGGAAUGAGCCACGAUGACGACCACGUCACCUGCACAGGUCACUCCCACAUCAUGUCCGGCGAAUGGGUGAAAGGUAGAAACCCCAGCGACCUGUCCUGGUCAUCCUGCAGCCGCGAUGAUCUGGAAAACUUUCUCAGAUCCAAAGCCAGUGGCUGCCUUUUGUACACAGAUCCAAGGAGCCAGUACCAGGUCCGGCUGCCCCCCAAGCUGCCAGGCAUGCACUACAGUGUGGAUGAACAAUGCCAAAUCCUGUUUGGAACCAAUGCGUCUUUCUGCAAUGACAUGGAGCACUUGAUGUGUGCUGGCCUGUGGUGUUUGGUAGAAGGUGACUCUUCAUGUAAGACCAAACUGGAUCCGCCUCUGGAUGGAACUGAGUGUGGAGCAGACAAGUGGUGCAGGGCAGGUGAGUGUGUCAGUAAGACACCCAUCCCUCAGCAUGUUGACGGUGACUGGAGUCCAUGGAGCCAGUGGAGCAUGUGCAGCAGGACCUGCGCUACUGGAGUCCAGUUCAGACAGAGGAAAUGCGACAACCCUCCGCCUGGUCCUGGUGGGCGUCCGUGUCAGAAGACCAGUGUGGAGCACAAGGCUUGUGAAGGUCCUCCCUGUCCCAAGGGCGCACCAAGCUUCAGAGACCUGCAGUGUAUGUCCUACGACCGACACGCCAGCAAGAAGAGGGGCAGCAUGCUGGUUGCUAUUAUUAAUGAUGAGAAGCCCUGUGUGUUGUUCUGCAGCCCGGUGGGUCGAGAUGUCCCAGUCUUGAUGGCUGAGAGAGUGAUGGAUGGGACACCCUGCGGACCAUUUGAAGCUGACCUGUGUCUUAACGGGAGGUGCCAGAAAAUCGGCUGUGAUGGCCUCAUUGGCUCUACGGCUAAAGAGGAUCGCUGUGGGCUUUGCAAUGGAGAUGGGCGCUCCUGUAAGAUAGUGAGAGGAGACUUUAACCACACCAAAGGAAUGGUCACCACUAGGCAGUGUAAGAGGGUAUCUACCUGUGUGAUGGCUAAACCCAGAGCUGUCCCCAAGUGUUUCUCAUGCUACAUCGAGGCUGUGGUUAUCCCUGCAGGAGCCAGGAGAAUCAAAGUUGUGGAGGACAAACCUUCACAUAGCUUUCUGGCCUUGAAAGACUCCGGUAAGAAAUCCAUCAACAGUGACUGGAAGAUUGAGCUUCCAGGGGAGUUUGAGCUGGCCGGGACCACAGUGCGCUAUGUGAGAAGGGGACUGUGGGAGAAGAUGUCUGCCAAAGGACCCACCAAGACCCCUUUACACCUUAUGGUGCUGCUCUUUCAUGACCAGAGCUAUGGUAUCCACUAUGAGUACACAGUGUCUCUGAACACAUCUCAGGGCAGGAGAAGUGAGGAGCACAAGGAACAAGAGUAUCUCUACAUCUGGACGCACAGCAGCUGGCAGGACUGUACUGUCCAAUGUGGAGGAGGUGAGCGGAGGACAGUGGUUUCCUGUAUGAGGAUAGCCAAUAAAACCAUGGAGGUGGUGAACGAUAGCUACUGUCAACUGGAGAACCGACCACAGCCCCAUGUGCGAUCCUGCAACUCUCACCCCUGCCAGUACCGGUGGCUGACAGGUGAGUGGGGUUCCUGCUCCGUCACAUGUGGUAGAGGUCUUCAGCAGAGGGAUGUGGUUUGUGUUUACCACCUACAGAACGGCUCACUCAUCCCCACCAGGGGCCUGUACUGCCAGGGAGGAAAACCUACUGUUCUGCAGGGCUGUGAGGGCCGCCUCUGCCUCACUGUGUGGGAGGCUUCAGAGUGGUCAAAGUGUUCGUCAGAAUGUGGUCAUGGUGUUCACCGGCGGACGGUAUCCUGUACAAACCCUCAGGGUCUAUGUGAUCCCUUGUCCCAACCUAUUCAAGAGGAGCCCUGUGAGGACCACUCCAAAUGUUAUGAAUGGAAGACUGGAGACUGGUCUAAGUGUUCCUCAUCCUGUGGGAAGGGCCUUCAGUCACGGGUGGUCCAGUGUAUGCACAUAGUGACUGGUCGUCAUGGUAAAGACUGCCAAGUGACAUUGAGACCACCAACCUACCGACCCUGCCACCAUGGUGCAUGUAAUGAGAAAAUCAAUGUGAACACCAUCACCUCCCCCAGGCUAGCUGCUUUGACCUACAAAUGCCUGGGGGACCAGUGGACAGUGUACUGUCGCGUGAUCCGAGAGAAGAACCUCUGUCAGGACAUGAGGUGGUACCAGCGCUGCUGUGAUACCUGUAGGGACUUUUAUGCCAAGAAAAUACUGCACAGGAGCUAAUGACCAAAUACACCCACUUUCCUCUGAAUAGUGCUCAAUUUUGAAAAUGUUUUUAAUAUUAAUAAAUAAGAAAACAAUUUUUUAUUAUUGAUGGAACUUUUUGUAUUUAAAAAAAUAAAAAGGCAAGUACACAAGUGUUCAUUUGAAAUGGGCUUAUAAGCUUCUAGUUUGGUGAAGACUUGAAAAUGUCCAAUGUUUCUUUUGCUGUACACCAAAACAAUUCUCAACAAAAGGAGUCUAUGGAAAACCAAUCCAGACAGCUGUAGUUCACAUAAAUGAAGUACGUGCUUGAAGUUGACUAGCAGGUCUAUGCGAUAUCAUAGGGCUGAGCCAGAACUUUUUCUUCUCCUAUCUUUUCUUAUCUUUUUUUAAUUAUUCUCUCCAUUGUUUCUUCUUUUUCUCUGUGCUGUACUGUAUUAUAGCUAAUUGUUGCAAUUUGCAAAUAUGUUUAUAUAUCGGUAAACUUACGUGCUUACAUUUUUAUUAAGUAUACUGUAAUAAUAUGUAAGAUCAGGAGACAUGUGAAAAUACUCUAGAAUUACAGUAAUUAAACCCAGCCAAUGAUGAGAGACUCACUGAUCCACUGUUCUGUUUAAUGGCUGUGGAUAGCCCAUGUAGCAGAACAUUAUUGAACUUUCAUUCUAAGGGCACCAUACACCGUAGUUUUUAUCCUUCCAGUUGAUGGAUUUAAAUCUAUUUUGCCUCCAAUAUUACUCUGUUUACUCUAAGAUUGAUUUAACUUCAUCACUUAUAUCAACUGUGCACCUCAGUCUAAAAUCCUGUUUUGCUAUAUUAUCUAAAUUAAAUUUAGAUGCCAUUUUACACACAUUUGUUUUACUUAGGCACAUGUAUGCAUCUCUGCUGGCCAGAUCACCAUCUGGCUUCACACCACUCAGGGUCAACUUUGCUUUAGUCCAGGGGGUGGUGCUAAUGCACCUGAACAGUAGUGGAAGAGUAUCUGCUGCACUCCAGCAGUUCACUUGCAAUAUUAACCAUAAGUGUCACAGCCUUCAUUCUCUCAACAUCCUGAACAAAUCAGAUCACUGCAGUUUCACAGGCAGUUACAUUGCCUUGAAAACCAGCAUGAUUUUGUAUUUAAACAUAAAUCAUUAUCAAAUUUAAAGUCAAAUUCUUAACUCCCAUGCACUGUGACAUUUUCUCAUACGUGUACAUAUAAACUUGUAAGGGUCGGAUCACACAUUGUGGUAUAGGCUCUCAGAGUGGUAUAAAGGAUAUAUAUAAUACAUAAAUGACCAUAAUCUGCAACUUCUCACCUUGUCACUAAGUUCUGGUGGGCGGUUGGCUGGGACACAAUCUCAGAUCUUUUGUAUUAUUAUGGGGUUUUACAUUUUUAAAGACCCUCAAAUGUAAAAAAAGGUAUAACGUUUUUGUACACAGAGCUAAUAAUCAUCUGGUGCUUCUCUGCAUUGAGCAUCAUACAGGCCAGUGGUAACAGAUGCAGUAGAGACAAUUAAAUAAAAAUCCAUCUAACUUGUAUGAGAGGUCCCCUAACUGCUUGUUUCUGCUGCCUAGAGCUGCCAGUCACACAGUUGAGUUAUUCCUUCGCUAAAGAAAAACCUUUGAAGCUCCAGGCAGCCUCUCAUUAAGAGACUCCUGACUGCUACGGACCACAGUAUAUGACGUGACCAAAACAGGUAGCUGAGCUAUCUCUAUUACUGGCUAGCUAGGCAGAUGAAUUUAUACAAGUUGCCUGUUAAUAUUGGGUGGAAAUGGAGUUCCCCGAGCAAUGGCUUUGUUUGGCACUGCUUUAAAUAUUGUUUUCAGAGGCUUUUUCCCUCUGGGUAAAACUGACACUAAAGGCCUGGAGGAAAACUGGUUGUAGUAAUCUUUAAAUGGUCAAAUGUCAAAUACUUCAUAUCGUGUUUGUGUGUGUUUUGUGUGUAUGGGUGUGUUGUAAUACAAAAGGCCUCAGUCUUUCUAAGGUGCUAUCUAAUGACCUGUUUCACUAUUGUGGAAUUCAGCUUAUGACGGUCCUCUCUUCAUUGUUAACUGUUAUUUGUUUUUGUAUGUUGUAUUGUUAUUUAACAACAUUGGCUUUUCUUGAUGAAUCUUUUAGGCUUAUAUAUUGAAAACAUGCUUAAUUAUACCUGGACUGUACUUUUUUGGUUGCAGUGUGUUUGUUACAUAAACUGCCAUCAUGUCUAUUUUAUGGUGCUGAUUUGGAACUGACUUGAUAAUCUGUUUUUAGAGGGAUUUAACCAUUUUUCUGUUCUGUGCAGUCACACUAUAUAUGUACUGUUGUCUGCUCUGUGUCACCUAUUCAGACCAUUUUGAGCAAGAAUCUGAACGAUUUAAUCUACUCAACUACUGUAAAGUGAUUCUUUUAUUUUGUUAAAUAAUAAAUUAUGUGAUUGUACUUGUGAAAAAGAACUUACCCACUGAGAUAUGUGGAUGAUACAAUUAAAGCAGAAUGAAGACUGCUCUCCUCUUCCUGUCCUCACAGAAAACUGCUAUACACUAGAAAUACAUAAACGUAUAUCUUAUUGUGACAAAGUAUCAAAUAUAGAUAAAGGCUGUUCAGGAUUUAUGUUAUUCAUUGAUAGAUAAUACUUUACCUCACUCUUCAUGAAGAUUAAAUGAGGCAAUGAGAUUCAGCUCAAAAUCUGGAAGAAAUUAGUU